ACUUUACAAACGACGAGAGGGUACGUUCCACUCGCUCGCUCGCUCGUUCGCUCACUCUCUCUCUCUCUCUCUCUCUCUCUCUCUCCUCCUCCCUUCAUAGGUAGUUUUAGUAAAAGCAAGAUUCUUAGCCUCGAUAGUUGAGACCCCCUCCGUUGGCUUGAGAAAAGAACGGGACGUUCGAGAAUGGACCCCUGUGAUCGUCGAAGCCGAACGAGAACGAGCCUUCGCCCAAAUAAAUACAUACUUAGAGUCGUACAGCCAAGAGAGAAGCUCGAGAUCGAACAACCGCGGCAGGACACGGGGAGAGGAGGGGGACUUUCGGACAGAUCGACGAGACCGUUUCUCAGAUCAAUAUAUGUACAGCAGCGGUGCGGGUUCGCAAUGAAAAGGAGAGCGCUCGCCGGGAACAACGGGCCGCGGAAACGGACAAAAUUGACGAGGAUCGUUUCCAUUACGAACCCGAUUCGAUUCUAUCACUUAUGGAAAACUAGGACUCUACGCGUCUAUGGAGCCUCGCGGAGGAAGCGCGGCGGGUCGCGAGCCGUGUCCAAAAAUAGCCGGAACGCACUGCGAGACUUCGACCUCGUGUGCGCAUAUAAGUGGCAGGGUUUCGUCGUAUUUUUCUGCCCUUCCGGGAGAUUCACCGUGCGAAAUUAUCGAAAACGAAACCCGUAA